GACAUCGUUAUACGAACAGCAAAUCAAUCAGAGGCUAUUAGAUUGGAUUAGCAAACACGGAGGAAACUGAUAGACAAAGAAAUAUAUAUUUUUAUGUAAUUAUUAUUAGCGUCGUGGUUUCAGAAAGUUUUUAAAGAUAAGGACAAUUCUAUGCUUCGGGGGAACACGACUUUUAAUGAGAUGCUUAUGCGACUUUAGUUGGAAAUUGGAGGGAACAGGACAGGAGAGAGAUCGCUGUCCCGGAUAAGGGGGCUCUGCAUCCAUUCUUACUUUCUUCUUACAAUGAAAUUUCACAAACAAAAAAAUAUAAAUAAAUAACAUGUUUUAAAGAAAUGGAAAAAGAUGGUAGAAAUGAAUUAAAUUUGUGCAUCAGUUGAGCUCAGGAGAAUUUAUGGCUGCUUCAAACACCUAUAUUCAAUGUAACUACCUGAAUCCCAAAUUCCCCACUGUCAACAAUGACCGAUACUAUGCAAACCAUCCGAUAAUCACAAUGAUCGACCAUUGCUCUAGCACAGAGCACCUCAGACAAAUCCAUGCGCAAAUGCUCCGAACUGGCCUCUUUUUUGAUCCUUACUCGACUAGCAAACUCAUUCAAGCAUCUGCUUUGUCUCAAUUCUCCAGCAUUCAGUAUGCUCGCAAAGUAUUCGAUCAAGUUCCCAACCCUAAUCUUUUCUCUUGGAACGCCCUUAUUCGUGCGUACUCUUCGAGCCCCGUUCCCAUUCAUAGCUUCUUGAUGUUCAUUCGACUAACUCAUGAAGGUAGUGAGAAUCCCAAUAAGUUUACUUACCCUUUUGUGAUCAAAGCCUUGGCCGAGCUCUCGGAUUUGCAGGUUGGAAAGGGACUUCAUGGAAUGGUGGUUAAGUCGGGGUUUAUUUCCGAUUUGUUUGUACUUAAUUCAUUGAUUCAUUUUUAUGUUGAAUGUGGUUGUUUGGAAAUGGCAUACCAGGUUUUCUUGAGUAUGCCGAAAAGGGAUGUUGUUUCUUGGAACUCCAUGAUCAAUGGCUUUGCUCAAAGGGAUUGUGCUGACGAGGCAUUAGAUUUGUUCCAAGCAAUGGUGGGGGAAGAUGUGAAACCGAAUGAUGUAACGAUGGUAGGGGUUUUGUCAGCUUGUGGGAAAAAAUUGGAUUUGGAGUUUGGAAGGUGGGUGCAUUCUUAUAUAAUGAAGAAUGGUAUAAGAAUGAGUUUGACUUUGAGUAAUGCCGUUGUUGAUAUGUAUACCAAGUGUGGGAGUAUCGAGGAAGCCAUGAGAUUUUUUGACAAAAUGGAGGGGAAGGAUAUUAUUUCGUGGACAACUAUGCUUGCUGGGUAUGCGAGGUUGGGGGAUUUUGAUGCAGCUAGAAGUCUUCUUGCUGCAAUUCCUUGUCAGGAUAUCGCUCCAUGGAAUGCUCUUAUCUCGGCUUAUGAACAAAAUGGUAAUCCUAAGGAGGCUUUAGCCAUUUUUAAUGAGUUGCAGCUUAGCAAGAAGGCUAAACCUGAUGAAGUCACCCUUGUUAUUACCCUGUCAACCUGUGCUCAGUUAGGGGCUAUGGAUUUGGGUGGGUGGAUCCAUGUGUACAUAAAAAAAGAGGGAGUAAGGUUAAACUGUCAUCUCAUAACUGCGCUGAUUGAUAUGUAUUCUAAGUGUGGGGCUUUGGAGAAGGCACUUGAAGUAUUUCACUCGGUUGACAAGAGAGAUGUAUAUGUAUGGAGUGCUAUGAUUGCUGGUUUGGCAAUGCAUGGUUUCGGUAGGGAUGCAAUAGAAUUGUUCUUGAAGAUGCAAGAGGCCAAUGUGGAGCCUAAUUCUGUAACUUUUACCAAUUUAUUGUCUGCCUGCAGUCACUCAGGGCUAGUUGAGGAAGGUAGAGACUUUUUCCGCCAAAUGGAGCUAGUUUAUAAUAUCGUGCCUGUUGUGAAGCACUAUGCUUGCAUGGUUGAUACUUUUGGUCGAGCAGGUCUAUUGGAGGAAGCCAUGGAGUUUAUCAAGAACAUGCCUAUAACCCCGUCUGCUUCUGUCUGGGGGGCUCUGCUUGGGGCAUGUAGACUUCAUGGCAAUGUUGACCUAGCUGAACAUGCAUGUGCUCGUUUACUUGAAUUAGAACCUCAAAAUCACGGAGCUUAUGUGUCACUGUCUAAUAUCUAUGCCAAAUCAGGGAAAUGGGACAAGGUUUCAGAGUUGAGGAAGGUUAUGAGGGAGAACGGUCUGAAGAAAGAACCAGGUUGCAGCUCGAUUGAGGUUGAUGGUAUUGUUCACGAGUUUCUAGUCGGAGACAAUUCUCACCCUCUAUCCAACAAAAUAUACUCAAAGUUGGAGGAAAUUGCAGCUAGAUUAAAAUCGGUGGGAUAUGUACCAAAUAAGACACAACUACUUCAACUUGUUGAAGAAGAAGAGAUACAGGAACAUGCAUUAUAUCUUCACAGUGAGAGGCUAGCUAUUGCCUUUGGACUUCUUACUAUAAGCCAAUCUCAACCUAUUCGGGUCGUGAAGAACCUUCGUGUUUGUGGAGACUGUCACUCUGUUGCUAAGCUCAUAUCUAAACUUUAUAAUAGGGAAAUAAUUAUACGAGAUCGAUACAGAUUUCAUCAUUUCAAAGGAGGAUAUUGCUCUUGUAAGGAUUAUUGGUGAAUAUUAUACUCAGAUUCGCAUCUAAAAUUAUAUUCUUGCAUGAACUGAACCUUAGAACUUGAAAGCAUUGAACCCAAGGACUUUCUGGUGUAGAUGUUACUUCAACUAACGGCACUGUGAAAAGAACAUUUGCACAGAACUUAAUAGGC